AAAAAAAAGAAAAAAAGAAAAAGAAAAAUGGAAUUAAAUAUCAAGAUAUUAUUUGUAUUUACAUUAAUGUUAUUUUUAGCACGACUUGGAGCGGCUCAGGCACCAGCAGCUCAGCCAACAGCACCAACAGGUCAGCCAGGAGUGUUUGAUGUUACCAAAUUUGGUGCAACACCUAAUGGAGAUAUUAGUAAGGCAAUAUUGGAUGCAUUUAAAGAGGCAUGUGCAUCAACAAGUCCAAGUAGAAUAAUAGUCCCAAAAGGGACAUUCCAAAUGAAACAAGUAAAAUUAGAAGGUCCAUGCAAGGCACCACUUGAGUUUCAACUACAAGGAACUUUACAAGCUUCUCCAGAUCCUAAAGCACUCCCUGAAGGUGAAUGGUUUACUGUUAAUUAUGUUAAUCAAUUCACAUUAUCUGGUACUGGCAUUUUUGAUGGACAAGGUAAAGCUGCAUGGGCUCAAAAUGAUUGUGCCAAAACAAAGUGUGCUCAUCUUCCCUAUAAUUUGAGCUUCAACUACCUUAACAGUUCAACAAUCCAAGACAUAACUUCAAAAGACAGCAAAAAUUUCCAUAUGAAUGUUAACGGUUGCAACAACUUCACAUUAAACCGAGUUACUAUCUCAGCCCCAAAGGAGAGCAUCAACACUGAUGGUAUUCACGUUGCUCGAUCGAAAAACGUGAACAUAACAGAUUGUGUAAUUGGAACAGGAGAUGAUUGUAUAUCUAUAGGUGAUGAAUUGGAACAACUUCAUAUUACUAAAGUUACUUGUGGACCUGGACAUGGUAUUAGUGUUGGAAGUCUUGGAAAAACUCCUGGUGAAAAGCCUGUAGUGGGAGUUUAUGUAAAAAAUUGCACAUUUAUCAAUACUGAUAAUGGUGUUAGAGUCAAGACAUGGCCAGCUUCACAUCAAGGUGUUGUUACUGAGUUGCAUUAUGAAGAUAUUAUUGUCCAAAAUGUUAGCAACCCUGUUGUUAUUGAUCAAGUUUAUUGCCCAUACAAUCAAUGCAACAAAGAUUUGCCAUCACUAGUGAAGAUAAGCAAAGUGAGCAUAAAAAAUGUAAAGGGUACAUCAAGUACACAAGAUGCAGUACUACUAUUAUGCAGUAAAGGAGUACCAUGUGAAGGAGUGGAAGUUGGAGACAUAGACAUUGCCUAUAAUGGAAAGGAAGGACCAGCAAAGACUAGUUGUGAGAAUGUCAAGCCUACUUUUGUAGGAAAGCAGAAUCCACCUGUCUGUGCUGGAGCUCAAACUGCUUGAGCUUUAUUAAUUAAUAUAUAUUCAAACUCAUAGAAGUAGUUACUAAUACUUACGUCAGGGUAGAUUAUUGACAUCACACCUCGUCGGAUGCGGCUCUUUUCCAAAUUAAACUCUUGAUUAUUAACACGGGAUGUUUUGUGCACCCUAGCUCCCAAGUUUUGUGCAUUCCUUAGUUAUUUCUAUUUUUUUUUGAAGAUGUUAGUAGUUGCUAGUUUACACUGGUCCUGCUCAAUCUAAUUUAGCUCUACAGCUUCUAAGUUUUGUGCUCCUUUUUUUAGGAAAAAAACAUGAGCACUUUAAGUGUAGAAAUAACACAUGAAUAAUAGUAGGGAAUCCUCUUGGAGAGAGAUUUUUAAACAUGA